GUCUACGACUACUUCAAGAACAAGGGCACCAACCCUCUGGAGCAGGACAGCACAUUCGCAGAGCUGUGGAGGACCAUCAGUAAGAACAACGGCCGUGAUUACUCUGUGUCCAGUCCCUCAGAGGGCAUCCGCAAGGUAUGUUAACAAAGACAAGACAGGUAUAUACAGAGAGGAUUCCAGAGUACAGGCUGGCAAUCACUUUAGGUUGUUUUGCUUAGCUACUGUGGAUGUCGACGAAAAGAGAAAACGGUUUAAUAUUUGGCGAAAAAACCUAAUAAUCAAUCUUUCCAUUGUCGUUUCACUGUAAUUCAACAGUAUGGAGUCAUACUGUUCACGCUCAAUAGUGUGCCUGUAGCUCCAAAGUAUUUAAAACCAAUUAGACAGGCAAAUUCAACAUUGUCUUUGACUAUCUAUCAGUCUGAAUAAACUGCAAGUGCUGUUUUGUGACAUUUGUACCAAUUACACUGGUUAAUCUCAUAAACUGCCUGUAAUAAAUAGCUAAGGAAGAACAGUACUUUGCCUGCCAAUAUGCUAAGACGUAAUAUGACAUAUGUCUUCGAAUUCGGUCUGUGUACACAUUUUAAUUAGCAUUCUUGCAUUAUAUUUUAUUUUCUCCAAUGCAGUCAAUUUCAAUUAGCUACCAGCAGCCAUUUUGACAAUCUAGAGGAGAGAAACAGAGGUGCUGUGUUUUCCUGUCACAUUUAGUCUUUAUACUGCAAAACAAAGCCUUUUUUUUCUCAAACUCAGCCAACUGAGCCUUUUAGCAGAACGGCAGAUGUAUUUGUGUUAGUCAACAGACAAUGUCUGCCUUUGUAGCAGUAUGUUGCUGGGUCAGUCCAUUGAGGACUAACAACAUAAGAUGUGCAAUAAGAGGUAGCAAUUACGUGGAGACAACAUCAAAACACACGUCAGAUACCUUUUUCUCUGAGUUAAAAGGUUUUUGUAUCAAAAGAGCAAGUAAACAAAUAGCCCAGUCUACAACGAGAAUCAACCUAGAAUCAACCUAGAAAAGAAACCUAUACAGGAAAUGGAUUGAAGUACUUCUAUUUUACCAAGGUUCUGCAUAUUCAUUAGAUACUAUAUUCACAGUCGUUCCCACAUACAGUGCAUUCGGAAAGUAUUCAGACACCUUCCCUUUUACCAAAUGUUGUUACGUUACAGGCUUAUUCUAAAAUGUAUAAAAUAAAAUAAAAUCCUCAUCAAUCUACACACAAUACCCCAUAAUGACAAAGCGAAAACACAUUUUUAGAAUGUUUUGCUAAUGUAUUAAAACUAAAUACCUUAUUUACAUAAGUAUUCAGACCUUUUGCUAUGAGACUCGAAAUGAAACUCAGGUGCAUCCUGUUUCCAUUGAUCAUCCUUGAGAUAAUUCUACAACUUGAUUGGAGUCCACCUGUGGUAAAUUCAAUUGAUUGGACAUGAUUUGGAAAGUCACAUACCUGUCUAUAUAAGGUCCCAAAGUUGAAAGUGCAUGUCAGAACAAAAACCAAGCCAUGAGGUUGAAGGAAUUGUCCGUAGAGCUCCGAGAGGAUUGUGUCGAGGCCCAGAUCUGGGGAAGGGUACCAAAAAAUUUCUGCAGCAUUGAAAGUCCUCAAGAUCACAGUGGCCUCCAUCGUUCUUAAAUGGAAGAAGUUUGGAACCACCAAGACUCUUCCUAGAGCUGGUUGUCCGGCCAAACUGAGCAAUCGGGGGGAGAAGGGCCUUGGUCAGGGAGGUGACCAAGAACCCGAUGGUCACUCUGACAGAGCUCCAGAGUUCCUCUGUGGAGAUGGGAGAACCUUCCAGAAGGACAACCAUCUCUACAGCACUCCACCAAUCAGGCCUUUAUGGUAGAGUGGCCAGACGGAAACCAUUCCUCAGUAAAAGGCACAUGUUAGCCGGCUUGGAGUUUGCCAAAAGGCACCUAAAGGACUCUCAGACCAUGAUAAAUAAGAUUCUCUGGUCUGAUGAAACCAAGAUUGAACUCUUUGGCCUGAAUGCCAAGCGUCACGUCUGGAAGAAACCUGGCACCAUCCCUACGGUGAAGCAUGGUGGUGACAGCAUCAUGCUGUGGGGAUGUUUUUCAGUGGCAGAGUAAAAUACAGAGAGAUCCUUGAUGAAAACCUGCUCCAGAGCGCUCAGGACCUCAGACUGGGGCGAAGGUUCACCUUCCAACAGGACAACGACCCUAAGCACACAGCAAAGACAACGCAGGAGUGGCUUUGGGACAAGUCUCUGAAUGUCCUUGAGUAGAGCCCAGACUUGAACCCGAUCGAACAUCUCUGGAGAGACCUGAAAAUAACUGUGCAGCAACACUCCCCAUCCAACCUGACAGAGCUUGAGAGGAUCUGCAGAGUAGAAUGGGAGAAACUCCCUAAAUACAGGUGUGCCAAGCUUGUAGGGUCAUACCCAAGAAGAGUCGAUGCUGUAAUUGCUGCCAAACGUGCUUCAACAAAGUACUGAGUAAAGGGUCUGAAUACUUAUGUAAAUGUAAUAUUUAAGUUUUUUGUAUUUAAUGAAUUUGCAAACAUUUCUAAAAACCUGUUUUUGUUUUGUCAUUGUGGGGUAUUGUGUGUAGAUUGAUGAGGGGGGAAAAACUAUUUAAUCCAUUUUAGAAUAAGGCUGUAACGUAAUAAAAUGUGGAAAAAGUAAAGGCGUCUGAAUACCUUUCCGAAUGCACUGUAUAGGCCUUCUCCAGGCUCUACAUUGACAUUUAUCAUCCUUUAGGUUCUAUCAUGUAAAACAAUGUCAUCGUAUAGGCAGCAUGUAUAGCAUCUUGAUCAUUAGCUGGGUCACUGAUUGUCAUUCCUUUUCAGGCAAAGAAGGGCCCGUAUGCCUUCCUGUGGGACAUGGCUGUGGUGGAGUACGCCGCACUGACGGACGAUGACUGCACCAUUACCGUCACAGGAAACAGCAUGAGCAGCAAAGGCUACGGCAUCGCCAUGCAGCAUGGGAGUCCCUACAGAGACCUCUUCUCCCAGAAGUGAGCAACACCACCAACCUCAUUAUACAACAUCUAUAUUGUAACGACCCUGGCGUUGAUAAGCAUUAUUAUUACUCCCCCAAAGGGAACUAGCUUUCUUAGAGCAGAGGUAACGUGUGGCUUUGCAAGAUCGAUUCUGGCCUCGGAACCUUGUGCUACUCCCUCGUUUCAUUACAAAUUUAUGCAUUAUAGAUAUACCAUCACUUUAUCAUCAGUUCUAAACAGUAUCUUCUACUCCUCACCUCUCCCUCUCCUUUCAUCACCCCAUCUCUUCCUUCCAUCUCCUUCGGGAAAUAUCCUAAGUCUUAAGUGCAUAUGGUUUAACGCACACCUACUUUGAUCCCUAAUUACUUUCUCUGCUUCAUAAAAGUCAUAAAUAUAAUCACUGAUGGUUGACGGUGCCUGAGGGAAUUGAGCGCCGUAAUUAGCUGAGAGGUCAUUCGGUGGUUAUACUCAUCCAUUUUAGGAGGAGUUUGAUGAGGGAAACGAAAGGCCCACAGUGUUUUUAUAAAAUCACUUUGUAGUAUAAGCAUUAGUACAAAUACUCUUUAUAAAGGUUAAGACCCAGCUAGUACAUAAUGUUCUGAGAAACAUAUGUUUCUUGGUUAGCUUAACGUUCCAGUUGGUAGCUGGUCGGUAGCACUCACUCACGUAGCUGCUAGCACCGUCAUGAAAAGGGGUAUGAGGGAAGCUCUACAAAAGCCCUACGUUCGGGAGCAGGAAAUGUUGAAAAGUAAUCUUUAGACAUGUUGUACUUUUCUUAAAUGUAGUUUUGUAAUUGACUAAAACAAGCAGACAACAGGUUGUUUUCCCCACAGGCGGGCAGGGCCAUGACGUUCUAUCUAAUAUCGACUGGGAUUAUCUUGUUAAGUGUGUUCAGGUGUGAUAUCCUAAUUGGCCACACCUGAUCUUAAUGAGUGCUUGUUUUCUUUGAAAUGGGGUCUGUUUGAAUAGACUAAAAUGAACAGCUUUGUAUGCUUAAAACAAACAUGACAUGCUAGCUCCAUCCUGGAGGCGCAGUGGACUCAUUUCUCGGAUCGAGAACAGAAGAUCAUAGUUUCAAAUCCAUCUGAUGUUGUGUCACAAUAACAAAUAAAUGUUUUUGAAUGAUUAAUGCCUAAGGAAAUUAAUUUCCAUGUGUCCUAUCUGUGCUUCGAGUUCAAUAAAUAUAAAACCAAAAUAAAUUAGCAGUGGUAUUAAAAGUCUUAUUGAAAUAUUCAGUGAAAGUUUUAAGGAAGUUAUGUUCGGCAAAAUGUUCACUUCUGUUGUCAGAACGUUUAAAAAAACGUUCAGUUUUACCGGUCAGGGAAAGUAUGGCUUCGUUCCCACAACCAAGGUGAAACCAAAAACAUACUUUCCCACAAUAUCCAAGGAACCGAAUGUGUUAGCUGGGGAGUUACUACAGUUUUGAGGCUGUCAUUCACAGAGGCUUAAUGCACGAUUUUAAUGCCCUUCUAAUGCAAAGCUGUCUGCAUGGUAUAUAUAUAUACAGUGGGGAGAACAAGUAUUUGAUACACUGACGAUUUUGCAGGCUUUCCUACUUACAAAGCAUGUAGAGGUCUGUAAUAUGUAUCAUAGGUACACUUCAACUGUGAGAGACGGAAUCUAAAACAAAAAUCCAGAAAAUCACAUUGUAUGAUUUUUAAGUAAUUCAUUUGCAUUUUAUUGCAUGACAUAAGUAUUUGAUACAUCAGAAAAGCAGAACUUAAUAUUUGGUACAGAAACCUUUGUUUGCAAUUACAGAGAUCAUACGUUUCCUGUAGGUCUUGACCAGGUUUGCACACACUGCAGCAGGGAUUUUGGCCCACUCCUCCAUACAGACCUUCUCCAGAUCCUUCAGGUUUCGGAGCUGUCGCUGGGCAAUACAGACUUUCAGCUCCCUCCAAAGAUUUUCUAUUGGGUUCAGGUCUGGAGACUGGCUAGGCCACUCCAGGACCUUGAGAUGCUUCUUACAGAGCCACUCCUUAGUUGCCCUGGCUGUGUGUUUCGGGUCGUUGUCAUGCUGGAAGACCCAGCCACGACCCAUCUUCAAUGCUCUUACUGAGGGAAGGAGGUUGUUGGCCAAGAUCUCACGAUACAUGGCCCCAUCCAUCCUCCCCUCAAUACGGUGCAGUCGUCUUGUCCCCUUUGCAGAAAAGCAUCCCCAAAGAAUGAUGUUUCCACCUCCAUGCUUCACGGUUGGGAUGGUGUUCUUGGGGUUGUACUCAUCCUUCUUCUUCCUCCAAACACGGCGAGUGGAGUUUAGACCAAAAAGCUCUAUUUCUGUCUCAUCAGACCACAUGACCUUCUCCCAUUCCUCCUCUGGAUCAUCCAGAUGGUCAUUGGCAAACAUGCACUGGCUUGAGCAGGGGGACCUUGCGUGCGCUGCAGGAUUUUAAUCCAUGACGGCGUAGUGUGUUACUAAUGGUUUUCUUUGAGACUGUGGUCCCAGCUCUCUUCAGGUCAUUGACCAGGUCCUGCCGUGUAGUUCUGGGCUGAUCCCUCACCUUCCUCAUGAUCAUUGAUGCCCCACGAGGUGAGAUCUUGCAUGGAGCCCCAGACCGAGGGUGAUUGACCGUCAUCUUGAACUUCUUCCAUUUUCUAAUAAUUGCGCCAACAGUUGUUGCCUUCUCACCAAGCUGAUUGACUAUUGUCCUGUAGCCAUCCCAGCCUUGUGCAGGUCUACAAUUUUAUCCCUGAUGUCCUUAAACAGCUCUCUGGUCUUGGCCAUUGUGGAGAGGUUGGAGUCUGUUUGAUUGAGUGUGUGGACAGGUGUCUUUUAUACAGGUAACGAGUUCAAACAGGUGCAGUUAAUACAGGUAAUGAGUGGAGAACAGGAGGGCUUCUUAAAGAAAAACUAACAGGUCUGUGAGAGCCGGAAUUCUUACUGGUUGGUAGGUGAUCAAAUACUUAUGUCAUACAAUAAAAUGCAAAUUAAUUACUUAAAAAUCAUACAAUGUGAUUUUCUGGAUUUUUGUUUUAGAUUCCGUCUCUCACCGUUAAAGUGUACCUAUGAUAAAAAUUGCAGACCUCUACAUGCUUUGUAAGUAUGAAAACCUGCAAAAUCGGCAGUGUAUCAAAUACUUGUUCUCCCCACUGUAUAUUUACAUGGUGUUUCCCCAUGCAAUUAUAUAUUAUCAGACGAAUACAUUGUAGCACAGUUAGAAUAUGGUCAUAUAAUGCUAUUAUUUUGUAUUACUUCUCACUAAACCACACUUGAUGUGUUUGAAUAACAGAGUAGGGGAUAAUUGCAACUUAUCCUUAAGGCAAGUUAAACUUUUUUACUAUAUCAGCCCAGGUUGCAAUCAUAAACACGUUUUAUGUUCCAGCUGAGUUAAAGAGGAAUCAUUCAAUAUGAGGUAAUAUGAUUAUGCUAAUUACUUCCAUGAAAAAGGUUAAUAUUUGAUUGAAAUACUUGGGCAAUGUCUUCAAACGUUUGAAAAUCUUUGGUCUUUUAGUUGCAGUUUUUUCUUCUUUGUAUUAUCCAUUGCAAAUUGAUCCCUUUGCGAAGAUAACAGAAGCCGGCAGAGUUUAGAUGCUGAUUGUCUAAAUCUCUCCAUAAUCACAUGUAACCAAUUAGAACUGUGUAUUGGACAAGGAUAUUGGCCAAGGAUAUCCCCAAAAUGAAUCCCAAAAUCCCUGAGUCUUGACUACAUUCCCACAUAUAUUGUAUUGAUUCUUCUCAGGUAUAAGAGUUCCAAAGCAUCCGUGAAAACAACCCAAAAUAUUUAGUCACACUAUCUUUUAGUUAAGAAAUCUAACUCUGUUCAACUCAGUGAAAAUAAACAGUUUCUGUUGUUUGCGAUGAGGGCCAUCCCAACUCCACAACCAGAAUGAAUUGCCGUUCUAGUGACUAAAAUGCAGGUCUUAGGAUAGGGACAAUGAUAUUUCUACAAAGCAAAACCAGUGUCAACCAGCUAGUCAUGCUUAGAUCAGGUUUGAUCUGGGGCUCAUGGAAGCCACACACCCACACCUUUGAUAAAUCACCAGAGGUCAAUGCGGUGGAACACUUAAAUCUUCUCCAAUCUUCCGAGGUGUUCUUCGCCUGAUCCCUUCAGAGUGCACAUUCAGUAUGCAGGGGAAGAGCGGGGUCAGAGCUUAAGCAAUGAGGUCCUUCCAUGGAAGAUCCCAUAUAAUGCCUAUCCCCACAACACUGAACUGAACACUGUCCCCUUAUCUCUGCUCAUGAUGGCCUGGAUGAAUAUCUGGCUGGGAAAUCCUGGGCUAACAGAAUUAGUGGUGGUGGGAUGGUAAUGUGCUUUGAGGACAGCUGGGAUGCUCAGGGGUAAUAACAGGCUGAACCAGGAUGUCAUCUCCUCUACAGAGACAGAUUCAUCUUACUUGCUACCGUCCCCUGUCCCAUCAUCAUCAUCCAUUCUCCUCCCGCCCUCCCUCCCUCCGCGCCCUCGUCUAUCCAUAACCUUACAAAUUCACCAUGUGCUCCUUUUCAUCUCAGAAAUGACUGUUUGCCCACAGGGGCGGUACUCUGAUAAUGGUAUUUCCCUCCUCGCCAUGGCUCCUUUUCUUUUAAUUAAGCAGUUCUUCACUCUUGUUUUAUUUUGGAUUUAAUUUGUGUCUGUGAAGGACUACAAAAGCUGAGGUUUAAUGAAGUUUACUGUGGGGGUUUAAUUCACUGCGCAGGCAUAAUUCAACAAAUCUCACUAAAACCCCUGUGCUGUGGGAAUGGUCACAAAUUAAUGCUUUAAUCUGCAGAAGAUUUUUCAUUGUUCCUUUAGUGCCAUGAUAGCAUACAAAUGGUAAUUAUAAUGGAACUAGGGUCCUAUAGUCCUUAUUUCUAAAAUCCUUUGUUUAACAGCCUUCAAACUUAGUACAACAGUCUGUUUUCAGGAAAGCUUCCUCUCUUGUUGUACUAAGUUUGAAGGCUGUUACACAAAGGGUAACAGGAAUAAGGACUUUAGGAUCCUCUUACACCCAGAUAUUUCCCCUCAUUGCAGGAUCCUGGAGCUGCAGGAGAAAGGAGAUCUGGACAUCCUGAAGCAGAAGUGGUGGCCGCGUAUGGGCCGCUGCGACCUCAACAGCCAUUCCAACGCCACGCCAGACGGGCGGUCCCUGAAACUACACAGCUUCGCCGGGGUUUUCUGCGUCCUGGCCGCAGGACUGCUGCUGGCCUGCCUGGUUGCCGGCCUGGAGAUGUGGUGGAACAGCAACCGCUGCGGGCAAGAGCAGCCCAAAGAGGUGACCGAGCAUAGAGCCCGGAGGCCAGGGCAGCAGGGGGAGGACACUACCACACUCUACUUUAAGGAUCUAGUUGCAGACCACAGCCCCGAUUUAGUGGAGCUGCAGAACACACAGUUGUAGAUUGUGCUCAGAUUGAAAUACAAUUUGGUCCCUCCUAUCUAUCACCUUCCCAUUCUCUGAAACCAAAUCCAUCUGUUUUUGUAUGGUAUAUGUACCUCACACAGCUCACAAAUGAAGACAAAUCCCCUUUAUCAUUUUCUUACUAAUAUUUCCAUCUUGAUUAUUGGUAUUUUUCGGAAACUCUUUGAAUUUGAACAUAUUCAUUGAUAUAUGUUAAUCACAUCAAUAAACCCUUUAGCUGCCUUCAUGAUAACAAACUGCCCAACCAAUUGCCUUAAGCAAUUCCUGCAUUUUUCACAAAUCUCUUACUAACAUGUAACUGAUUUUGAACAUUGAUGAGCCCAGCUAAUUUUUCAAUCACAUACUUUGUACUGAGUCCUUGUCAAAACGUUUUUAACUGAGCCAAAGUUUUGGCAAUUUCAAUUAAGCAAGAUUCUCUGUAGGGAAAUUAAUGAACUAUGUCCAGAUUGCUCGAUCAGCAGAGGAUUACACUUUCAAAGGGAGAUUUUAACACCUUUUGAUAUUUAUUAUUUCAGAAUAAAUCCAUUUAUCUAUUUGAUGUCAAUUUGAAUCAGGCAAAUAUUAAAUAUGACAUUUCUGAGAAGACGUCAGUAUCGAUUUUGUUUUAAGUUCCCCGUAAAUGUAGUAUUCCUGAAAUAUUCAAAACCCAUUGAUUACCAAGACAGGUUCCUUACCCUGAACUGUAAACACAUUCACACUGCCUACCACAGAGAACACUUUUCAUUGAUUCUCGUAACACUUUCACCAGAUAAGUGCCUGCUAAGCUGAUUUACACUGAUGACACCUUAUGCAUCAUUGCCAGAACACUUUAAGCCUUUCUUAGGAGUUUAAUCCACUCAAGUUACUGCGAUGAUGUCAACAUGUCUAACAACAUAGAGAUCCUAUUAAAUUACUAUUCUAAUUUCUAAUUCUAUGUCUAUCAAGACCUCUCACAUGAGUUACUCUCCCCCUGCAUGUGACAUGAGACAAGUUAAGGCUUGACAUGGAUCUCUAAACUCAAGUUUGAGCAGAAACUGGACACUUGCAUGGGUCUGUCACCCCACAGCAAUAAGAGCCACUAUAUCUGUUCAACCCAGUCCAUAAUUAAGCAAUAAGGCACGAGGGGGUGUGGUAUUUUGCCAAUAUACCACGGCUAAGUGCUGUUCUUAUGCACGGCGCAACGCGGAGUGCCUGGAUACAGCCCUUAGUCGUGGUAUAUUGGCCAUAUACCACAAACCCCAGAGGUGCCUUGUUGCUAUUAUUAACUGGUUACCAACGUAAUUAGAACAGUAAAAAUAAAUGUUUUGUCAUACCCGUGGUAUACGGUCUGAUAUACCACAGCUGUCAGCCAAUCAGCAUUCAGAGCUCGAACAACCCAGUUUAUAAUCCCUAGUAAUUCACUGUGUGACAGCUUAUUGCUAUUAUAUGUCAAUGUAGACAUCCAUCCGUUCUUAUUCUUGACUGUUCUAUGAUCUCGUGCAGGUUACUAAGGAUUACAGACUGGCAAGGGUUUCUGGUCCAU